UAAGAAACUAUUAAAUUGUUCAUGUUUGUGAACACUUGCUACUAUAUUGAGAAUGUGUUUUGUCUUACGCAGUGAUCCAGGUAACGAUCUACACCGCAGGCUGCAGCAGCUGCAGAGUCGCUUCACCUGGGAUCUGAAGAAGGAAGACUUGGAGUUGGACGACCUUAGCAAGCAGCUGCAGCAUGAUAUAGACCUGCAACUGGGGCAGCGGGGCGCCCUGGCCCACUCCUACAGGUUCCUGUCUUAUGUGAGGUACCUUCAGGGUAAACCAGAGGAGGCGCUGUCGCUCCUCACUGAAUCAGAGGAGAAGACGAGGGAGUGUUACGGACGGGAGAGCGAGCUGCGGCUCAUCGUGACGUACGGAGACCUGGCUUGGCUGAAAUACCACACCGAAGACUACGAACAGUCCCAGACUUACUGUCAGCGAGUCGAGGAUAUACUGGUGAAGCAUCCGCCUGAUUCUUCCACUGACCUCCAUCCAGAGGUGUACGGGGAGAAGGGCUGGACCUUUCUUAAGUUCUCCCAUUCUUACUAUACCAAAGCUGAAGAAUGCUUCUGCAAAGCUUUGGAGCUGCAGCCUGAUGACUGGGAGUGGAACACUGGCUAUGCUAUCGUCCUCUAUCGCACAGAACAGAAUGUUAAUGAUUGGUAUCCUGAGGAAUCACCAGCCACUAAACAGCUUCGUCGAGCCCUGGAAAAAAAUCCAGAUGAUGGCGUUUUGAUGUCCCUGCUGGCUCUGAAGCUGGUCCACGACAUGAACAAACACACAGAGGCUAAAGGUUUGGUGAAGAAGGCCCUAGAAGUCGGACAGGACGACACUCAAGUCACCCGCUACGUAGCAAAAUAUCUCCGCAACCAGGAUCAGCUGGAUGAGUCUAUCGAUCUGCUGAAGAGUAUGCUGGAGAAGAAAAGCCAGUCAUCUUUCAUUCACCACCAGCUUGCUCUGUGUUAUGAGAAGAAGAAGAAUAAGCUGCUUGGGGAAAGAGACCGACCAGAGUCAGGUACUGCACUGUACUCCUUCCAGUCGGGUAAGUAUUUGGACAGAGAUACCAUCUUUAUUAUUGUGCCUCUGCACACCACAGCAGAACACAACAGCCUUAAACACAGAGGAGUUUGGACCGGAGCAGUGUUCAUACGUCAUCACUCAAAGACUGGACACAAGGGGGUGUUUAAUAUUUCAGUCAGUAACACCUGUUUUUAUCCAAUAGAGGUGCAGCAUUGGAGAAGUCUUUGUAUUCAGCAUCUGGAGGAAUCAGUCAGGCUCAAGAAGGGUUUCAAUGCUGCAAAAGCUCUGCUGGCUUUGCAGUACGCACAGAACUUUGAAAGGAGACAGUCAUCAGAUCGUUGCUUCAGAGCUCAGCAGAUGUUUGAUGAAGUGCUGCAGACAUUAGAGGAUGAACCUCCAGGCAUCCAACAGUACAUCUACCGGUAUUAUGCAGAGUUCUGCUUCUAUAACACGGAUCAGAAAGACCUCGGACUCACCUAUUACAAAAAGGCUCUGGAGUUGUGCAUCAACACAUCACAUUGGAAGCACUGUGUGAAGAAACUGACGACGAUAGCUGAGAAAGGCCUCAAAAGGAAUCACAGAGACGCCGCGUCCUAUGGCAUCCUGGGAGCAGUGGCCAGAGCUAAGGGCGAUCGGAGCGCGGCUGUGAGAAAUUAUGAGCGCGCUCUGGAAAUAGACGCCAACAACGACGAGUAUCUGUUAGCCCUGUGGGAGCUGCGCCUGGAUCUGACCGCACACGGGGAAGAGAAAGACCGCCCGGAGGAGAAGCUUUCAGAGGCCGCAUGUGAAAAAGUUUGUACCAGGAAGGCCACCGUUUGAAAUGCUCGGCUACGUCACAUCACACCUGGGAACUGCUACAUCGAUCACCACGGCCGUCUUCUUCUGUUUCUCUACCACCACUAUGUCCGGUUGGUUAGCCACCACCUUUUUGUCCGUCUGUAUCUGGAAGUCCCACAGGAUCUUAGCUCGGUCAUUCUCCACCACCUCCCAUGUUGACCUCGGGGCUUCCAGAUGUUUCUGUAUACUAUGCUGGCCACUUGGCUAUGGCGUUCCAUGUACGCCCUGCAUGCUAGCAUCGUGUCUCUGGGUCAUCUUUACACAGCCUGCACCUGGGGUCUUACCUGCUGUGACAGACCCCAGCCUCUAAAAAAUAAAAGCAGCUGAAAUGUUAAA